AUGAGAUUUGAACUUAUGACUUUCAAAAACCUUUUCUUCGUUCCCCUCCUCCUUCUUCAUGUCUUCAUCGUGGUGUCUGGCCAAGCACAAGGUGGGUUUUCAGAAUCUGAGCCGUUCUUCAGUUUCAUCAGAGCCAUUGAUCCCCAGAACGUUCUUCACAUUAAUGGCUCAUUUUCUUCAUCUGCGAGAACUUCACAUCUCUGCAUGAUGAAGCUGAAGGGUGUUAGAUGCGACUCUGAAGGUACCAACAUUGUAGAGAUUAGGCUAGAAAGCCUGAAUCUCACUGGAACAAUCGAUGCAGAAUCUCUGUGCAGGCUUAAGAAGCUUAGGGUUUUGAGCUUAGCUGCGAAUAAUAUCAGAGGCAAUGUUCCGAACUCAAUUCUGCACUGUGCUAGCUUGUGUUAUCUGAAUCUUUCAAGCAAUCAUUUGAAUGGGAGAAUACCCAGAGGCUUAACGAAACUGAAGUUUCUGAGAACAUUGGACAUCUCAAACAAUAAUUUUCUAGGAAAGAUGAACUUAAGUCAUUUGUUUGCUGAUUCGUUGAAUGAAGAAGCUGUAAUGCAAUCAAUGGUGGAUCCUCCUCUUACCAGUAAUAUUUCUCAAUCUAAUAAUGAUGAAGGAGACAAUUUCUCGAUCCUAUAUGUUUUGGUCAUUGGAAUAAUGUUGUUAUUCUUGAGUUUUUACUUUGCAAGCAUUAAGGUUGGGGAAAAAAGUGCAGAUCAUGAUAAUAAUGAUGAUGAUAAGACAUUGAAGAGCAUUGAGCAAUUUGAUCAUGCCAUCAGAAAGGCUAAAAUAACUGAGGUCAAAGAAGAAGAAGACAUGAUGAUGAUGAAGCUGAAGAAAAGAGAUCAUAUUCAUACAGAUGACCAGCUUGUAUUCUUUGAAGAGAAUGAGAGAUUCACAAUGGAGGAUCUUCUUGGAGCCAGUGCUGACUUAAGAAGCGAAAGCUUCUGCAGCUUGAAGAGAUUGAAGAAUUUGCAGAUAUCCUCAGAUGAGUUCAGUAAAACAAUGAGGAAGAUAAGCAUGUUCAAGCAUCCUAAUAUCCUUCCCCUUGUUGCCUACCGUUCUACCAGUGAAGAAAAACUCAUCAUUUACAGGCACCAGAGCAAUGGAAGUCUGCUAAAUCUUUUCAAGGACUAUCUUGAAGGCAGAAGAUAUUUUCCAUGGAAACUGAGGCUAUCUAUAGCACGAGGGAUAGCAAGAGGAUUAGCAUGCUUGCACCAGAAAGUGAAAGAACAAGACACAACAAUUCCACAUGGGAAUCUGAAACUAUCAAAUAUCCUUCUCAGUGACAACAACAAUGAACCACUUAUAAGCGAGCAUGGACUAUCAAAUUUGUUCCUAGACACAACAACCAGACUGUUCUUCAUUUUGGGGCUGGCAUACACAGCCCCAGAGAAGAGUCUAUCAGAGAAGGCUAAUGUUUAUAGCUUUGGAGUAAUCUUGUUAGAACUACUCACAGGAAAGAGCAUAGAACUGAGCAGAAUAGAUCUCACAAAGUGGGUCAGAUCCAUGGUGAAGGAGGAGUGGACUGUGGAAGUGUUUGACAAAGAGGUUAGGGAAGAUGAGUAUCAGUGGGCAUUUCCUGUGCUAAACGUGGCCCUCAUGCGCGUUUUAAGUCUCCCAGAAACUCGACCUUCCAUGGAAGAGUCGGUGAAGAUGAUAGAGGAAGUGAUGAAGGAGAGAGAAGAAAAUGAUAAUAAUAAGAAUGUUUCAACAACGGUAGCUUGCUGCCCUAUUGGAUCCAACCAGCAUGAAGCUUGUUGCUCGCUUCAUAAGAUCAUUCCUGAUAUGUGGGAUUCUCCAGGAUCAAAUUAUUGA